AUGGCACCAUCAUCAAAAUUUGAUAAGCUUCCCUCUGGUUUUGAGAUUUCUCCUGAUAAUUCAUAUGCUGUAUUUUCAAAGAUAAUCGAAAAACCAGAAAAUGAUGAUCGUUCCUAUCGCUUGAUUCAUCUAAAUAAUGAGUUAGAAGCAUUGCUUAUUCAUGAUCCUGAAACUGACAAGUCUAGUGCUGCUUUAGAUGUCCAUGUUGGACAGUUAUCUGAUCCAGACAAUUUAGAAGGUCUUGCUCAUUUCUGCGAACAUCUUUUAUUCAUGGGUACAAAAAAGGUAAAGAAAUCAUAA